AUGUCGACUCUGCGAGGAAAACAAUUAGUUUAUCUGAUCACGGUGGUUAGCUCCACAGGCUUCUGUCUGUUUGGCUAUGACAACGGCUUGAUGGGACAGAUCAUCUCCGAGCCGAACUUUCUAGCACUUAUUGGCGACCCAGACGCUGCAAUUCAGGGACUCGUAGUGUCAUCCUACGAUAUUGGAUGCAUGCUUGGUGCUCUGAUGGCGGUGCUGGUUAGCGAACAGAUCGGUCGUCGUCGGACAAUUUUGCUCGCCUGCUUGGUGCACCUGAUUGGAGAUGCAAUUAAUGCGGCAUCAUUUUCGCUAGCCCAGGUUCUCGCCUCACGCAUCAUUCUUGGCAUUGGUCUUGGUCUUUUUACCAGUGCCUCACCGGUCUGGCUCGCCGAGACUGCUACCGCAGAGUUGCGAGCUGUUUUAGUUGCAGUGCAGCUUACGUUCCUUAUUAUUGGUACCAAUAUCGCUUAUUGGGUUGUCUAUGGUCUGGGCUUCCUCAAUAGUCAGAUUAGUUGGCGUGUUCCAUUCGCACUACAGGCUGUAUAUCCUAUUAUUGCAUUUGGAUUUACCGUUAUCUUGCCUGAAUCGCCUCGUUGGCUAGCCGCCCAUGGCGAUACGGAAGCGGCUGCUGCUGCAUUGUCAGCCCUGCGCGACCUUCCUGAAGACCAUGAACGAAUCCAGGAUGAGUUACAUGAUAUUUUGUCUGCCAUCGAACUUGAAGAUCAAGGAAAUUCUUGGGGUGCUCUUUUCCGACAAGGCCGUGCUAAGGUGCGCACGCGUGUCAUCAUUGCCUGUGCCGCCCAAUCAAUGCAGUCUUAUACGGGCAUCAACUUCAUCGAAUACUAUCUUCCCUUCAUCCUGCAAAACUCCGUAGGCAUGAGACCUAACUUGGCCAAUCUUGUGUCGGGGUGCUCCCAAAUCUGGCUUCUUAUUUCUUCCUUUCUCACCUGGUAUCUGAUCAACCGCUUCGGUCGUCGGCGAUUAUUCUAUUUAGGCAAUCUGGGGAUGGGAUCUUGCAUGAUCGCCGUUUGCAUCACUUUGUGGAAAGGUUCAUCUGUCUCGUCCGUCAUUACCAUCGUAUUCUUCUUCCUUUAUCUCUCCUUCUUUACAUGGGGGUGGAUGUCCAAUAUGUGGACGUAUCCAGCUGAAAUAUUGCCAUUGCAUGUGCGAGGCAAGGCCCUUGCAUUAUCUGUCUUCUUCCUAUGGGCAAACCAAUUCUGGACCGUCGAGAUCGCGCCCGUUUCCAUUGAUAGCAUUGGCUGGCGAACAUAUAUAAUAUGGGCAGUUCUGAAUUUUGCGUCAUGUCUUGUCGUCUAUCUGUUCUUCCCAGAAACAUCAUCUAUUACCCUUGAGUCUGUCGAUUUCCUUUUCUCCUCCUCCUCCAAUGCGCGUGAAGUUGUUGUCAGGAGUGAGACCCUUUGGAGGAAUAAUAUCCAUCCGGAGGUCGGAGCGGCUGCAGCGACCGCUACUGACAGUCACAUUGCAGAGAAAGCAAAUUUCCAACAGGUGGAAAAUGCCUAG